AUUUCAAUUGUCCGCAAGCGGAGCAGAGCAGCAGGUCGUCCACUCAGUGGAGUGUUUGUAAUCCCUGGUCUCAGACAGACAAAUCGUGAGAGGAGGAAAAUGUCCUGCGAUGAGAGUACUGCGCUGCUGUCGACUCGAAAGCAAAUACAAACACAACAACAACAGCUGCAGCAAGGACAUCAUCAAGAGGCGCACAUCAUUGUCGUGCCGCUGGGCAAGGAUCCAAAGGAUUAUGAGCCCAUUUUCACAACUGCUGACUACUCGUAUGGACUGAGUCUGGAAGAACUGCUGCCCUUCGGGCGGGAUCCCUGGUGGCAGAAAGUGCGCCGUUUGUGCUUUGGCUGCCUCUGGCUGACAUUUACGCUGACCCUUUUAGCAUCCUUGUACCUGGCUUAUUUCCAUGACGAUGCCAUUAUCUGUCGGCAAAAUAAACUGAUGAUUGCCACCACAGUGCCACCUCCACUUGCCCUCGUCAGCAAUGUCACCUUACUGAUGGCUGCCACCUAAAAGAUUGCAGUAAUCUCUGCACGAAGUGGAGCUGGAACAUUCAACUAUGGAUGCUGCAAUCGCGCGCAUUGGAUUACAUCAGCCAUCGGCAUAGCUUAGACUCUUUACUUGAUUAAGGCUUCCCCCAACACAGCUGGUGACUAACGCGAUAAGCUGACUGCGCGCAGAAGGGAGACGAGCUACACGAAUUGACUGACAUAAGGCUUAUCGCGACUUUCGACCUAUUUAUAAAUAUUGUAAAUAUGCAGAUCAAUUAUAUACAUAU